AUGGAAAGUACCGCAUACAAACUGUUGCGCCUUGUGGAAGCUUAUGCGACCCACCCUAGUCACUCUGUGGGGAAGUUCAUUGAAUUGCCCCUCCGGAGAGGGAGUUUCACCACGGCAUUUGAUGCGAAUCAGCUUCUUGAAUACGUUUCCUGUACUGCCAGUGAUGAAAUGGAGCUACUUUGUGAUGUGUUGCGUGUAUGCACCCAGAUACAUGAAAGAUCGGUUGGGAGCGUGUGCCGUGUCAACUUUAUCACAUACGUGGUACUACACGCCUACUACGCCUUGGCGAGGGAGGCGACAGCACGUGAGAAAAACAAUAGAAACGCAGACCACCUCGUCCACGUAGAGGUAGAACAAAGCCUUUCAUACCCUUGUGGUGAAGCGACCGAAGAGAAAUGCGACACAAGGUGUUGCUUGAACAUUAUGAAGAGUUUUGUACGGGAGUUGCGUCUCAAAGGACACCCCGUGGACCCCGCUGAGGUGUUGGCCGAGGUGUCAGCCUCUACUGCCAUGGAGGAAGUGGACGAUAUCAAACGUGACAACAACGCUUUCCAUCUCUCACACCAGGUAUUGCACGAGUACCUCCAAAGGACAUUUGCCUAUGACCAUUUGUCGUGGGGCUACAAUGCAGGGAAGCUUGCAGUGGAUUGUUUUUUGUAUAUUUACCCACUUCUCGUUGCUUCCACUGCUGCUGAGGAAAUGGGUACAAUUGCAGGGUGCAGAAGAACGUCUUCUCUCCACACGCUCACAGAACAAUUGCUGUGCAAGAUGCCAGGCAGUAAUGAUGAAUGGUUCAGCACCAGGGGAGGCCAAGGAUGUAUGGUUCCAGGAGUCGCUCUCAUGACCACUAUACGUCUGGGGAGGCGCACUGGUGUAUUGUCAGGAGCGUGUGUUCUCGCCCCUUUAACUGCUGUUGAAGGGCUUCUGCAAAGAGAGAGUUAUUAUAUUAACCUGCUGUUUUUGUUCUCCGAUUUUCCUGAGAGAGUAACAGAGGAGGAAGGCUCUGGUUUUCAUCAACUUGUCGUCUUGGUGGAGGGUGUGAGUGAAGGUCUGGUGGUCAUCGUGGUGAGGAGUCACGUAAGUGAGGAGGUGCUUCGCUUCGUGGAGACAUUGGGGAACAAUAAACGAACCAUCUUGCUGGUGGCUGCGGUUGGUCAAACAACAAUGACGCGCUUGUCAUUGACCUUUCGAGUACUGCCACGAGCACUGGAGAAACUCCACCUGGUUCCAGUCCGUGGUACGUUACGAAUGAAGUCACUUCGAACACAUGAUGCUGGCAGGUGCCGUGACGGGGUGGAGCUGCGGUCAUUCCUGGUAGCGCUUGAACCCUUGCAUGGCGAAACGAAGACUAAAAAGACGGGAAUUAUGCAAAGCAUUGCCAGUGUUGUAUUUGGUGGUCGUUGCGCUCAUGAAAGUGUACUUGUAGAACGACUGUUUAAUCUUCAGUUGCACCAUUUGGUAAAUGUGUUUUGCUUGCCAACGCCUAAUAACGCUAUGAUGCCAGCAGGUGGUAUGGCAGAGGCUUAUGCAGUGAGUUUUUUGAACCAUCAAAUUAGUGAAACAUCAAGUGUAGAUGGUUUUUCUUCGCGUGAUUUCGAAACGCGUCUAAUGGAGGUGUUGAGGAAUGCUAUUGUUGCCUACAUGGAGAGUGUUCUCCUAAAGUCCGGCGGUCUCACUGUGGAGGAAGCUGAGGAUCACCUGGCGACUUCUCAACAGCGCUUUGGUAUGGUGCAGUGGGGGGCGGGAAGCCGAAGUUCACGUAGUGGUGACAAUGGCGCUACGGCGCCAGAAGGGCAGUCACACAGAAACAUAAUGUACAACAACGCAGUUCCUGUUCCACCUCUAAUAAACAUUUCCGAAAUAAUGUGGGCUGCAAAUCGUGGUGCAAAGUCUACACUCCUUUUGGCGGAUGUGAAGGAGUGGGAGGCGCAGAUGGAGGUUGCCAGCGCCUAUCUCUGUAUUGGGAGAUGCCUGGACAGGCUUUGCUUUACAAGCGUUCUGGGAAAACGUGCGGCAGCGAUUGGCUCGGAGGGAGGCGGGGCAGCUGACGAGUUAUUCUUCUUCCCUGACAUUACUUAA